AGCCGAUGGCUGUGUAGAGUCAUAUUUCUAAUCGAAUGGAAGAUGCAUUAUGAUUGCAGGCCAGCCAGCCAAUCACGUGCAUCUCGAUGUUUCGGGGCUGCUCGGGGUAUAACGUGACGUCACAGCUCCAGAGUAUUCCGGUAUGGAGUUGGAGUGAUUGCCUCCACCACCCAGCCCUGUAUCACAGUUGUUUGGGGUGGGCUAGCCGCCGGGAGGGGCAGUGUGGGCGGAAGGCGUCUGGUCGAUUAACGAUCGGCGUUUGGACUUUGGAGAAGCGGAAGGGAAGGCAGCUGCCUGUCCCCAACAGUCGUGACCUUCGCGACAGUAACGUGCAAUUGCAGUGCGUUUGUGGACCCCAGAGGCCAGCGGAUCCCAUGGAGACCGAGGAGUGCCCUGCAGGGAGUGGUGAUGCAGCGACCUCUGUUGGCUGCCCUGUCAAGCGCACCCUGCAGUUGGUGGAGCGUCAGCUGGAGGCACUGAUGCGUGAUGCCCGGCGUGUGCAGCAGGAGCGUGACGCGCUGCUAGAAACGCUGCUCAUCCUGCAGAAUGAGGAGAGCCUGCAGAGCCUUAGCCCCAGGGACCGGGAGACGGCCAACGCCACCUGCGAGAGCUUGGUGGCACAGUGCCUGAACGUCGACAUCAACAUCGACGUGGGUCGCGAGCCGGACCAGGAGGUGGCGCUGCACAUGGUCAACAACUGGAUCGACCAGCUUAUCCUGACGGCGCGCCACAACCCGGCCGAGGCUAGGGUCACGUGCGAGACAUAUGUGAGGACGCUGAAGGGCGACGGCCGCUUGGACGAGUCGUUCCACAGCAUCGUCACCAACUGCUCCGCGUUCGACCAGGAGACGGUGGGCGCCCGCCUGGGAGGUCUGCUCAAGUACAUCGACCACAUGAUGAGUCUGCCGUCGGAGCUCGAGUGACCGCGCCCGACGCGGCGCUGCAGCCCUGUGGGGAACGGCGAGGCGGCGCACGCUUGUUGCGUGGAGAGGCCUGUGGUCCGUGCUGUGGAGUCGUGAUGGAGGCUCGGGUUGGAUGCCGACAGGCUAAGACCUUAGUUUUCUUCUAUAUGUUCUUUCAUCACUGUUGACGUACUUGGGAAUCUGUGGGAGCACUCGAGGACGUUUGUUUUUCGUUCAUGCGAGUUAUCCUGAUCCCAGCUGGGUUCUGCGAGCGAGCAGGAGACGGUUAUGGGACUGUUGGAUGGGAUGCGAGUGUCACACUCCGGUGGGUUGCGCGCGAUCGUCUCACCCACUGGGACGUCACCUUGAACGGGCGAACGUUUGGCUGCGUUCCCACACCUACUCGUCCGCAGGCCAGCCUGAGACCAUGACCCCUUCGACCGGCGCAUGCGUAUCGCCGUCAUCCCUGAAGUGGGUACUAACUUGUUUGUGGCAUCCGCGAACGUUGAAACGGUCCCGCCUUUCUUCCUCCAGAGCACUUGCCGUCGUAUCUUUCGUCCAGCAUGAAUGGUCUCUCCUGGUAUUAAUUAUCGUUGCUGCAGCCGUCUGUUUUGAACAUUGACCAACUUCUUGGCCUUUGUUUCGGGCAGUGUCAUGUGCGAGAUAUGUAAUGUACCUUGCGAUGCAAACAAGUAACCUGCGUACAUGAAAACGGAAAAUCAGGCACUUGUGUGCAAUCAUGUGUGCAUUCUGCUGUUCAGACCAGCGUUGAGUGAGGCAUGUUCCGCUCGUGGUCUCGUCAUAUGCGUCGCAAUUUUGUCGACCAGCUGCGUACCGACCAAAUUCGCUGUUUAGAUAGGAUAGAGGCUGUUCGGAAGUGUGGGUGGCAGAGGGCACCAAUGAAUCCAUUUUGUACAGUGUUUUGGGCUCGUGCCGGUACCCUGCACUACGGGCGGGAUGAAUCUACAGGUUGGCAGGCUCUGGAAGAAACAGCAAUUUUAUAAACGAAUUAUAAGCAAUGCAUUUUGAAUGCAAAAUCACGAUUUUGUGCAAUGCAUUUCUAGUUCGCGAAAUGCCCCGGACCUCGGCAGCCGGUAUGCUAACGUUAAUUUGUUCAGAACACGGCCACCAGGGUAAGAGUGAGAACAGCUGGCGCUGCCAAGAUACAAAAUCGAUUAUCCUGAAAAAGUGAGACGCUAAAAUUGUGUCGAUUCGGGUGACGGUGUGGCGGCUGGAGGUGCCAUGCCAUAGGCACGCCAGUUACUGCUGAACCUCCUCUUGGCUCGAACGUGAAUUUGUGUUCUUGUGUUUCUGUACGCUGUGAAGGAGUCAAGAAAUGUGUGGUUUUCGAGUACUCAAUAAACACCGCAUGGCGGCCGUUGUUU